AUGCAGAUGCAGACCAUCACCCUCCGCGCCGGCCCCUCCGCCCACCGCCUCGCGCCGCCGCCGGCGUCGGCCAGCUCCUCGAACCUCUCCGCCGGCCGAUGCUUCCUCCUGCGGCCUCCCCACUCCCGCUGCCGGCGGCCCCGCUCCAUCAGGGCCUCAGCUUCCCUUGAGCAGGAGGUCAAGGAGCGCGCCGACUCCCCGUCUCCGUCUGGGACUAGUAGUCAAGCAACUAGAAGAGAUGUGAGAAAUAUUGCAAUUGUUGCUCAUGUUGAUCAUGGGAAGACAACUUUGGUGGAUUCAAUGUUAAGACAAUCCAAGGUUUUCCGAGACAAUCAAGUUGUGCAGGAAAGGAUAAUGGACUCUAAUGAUCUGGAGAGGGAAAGAGGAAUUACUAUACUGAGCAAAAAUACAUCAAUAACCUAUAAGGGUACCAAAAUCAAUAUAAUUGAUACUCCUGGGCAUUCAGAUUUUGGUGGGGAGGUGGAACGUGUUCUCAACAUGGUGGAAGGAAUUCUCCUAGUGGUUGAUUCUGUGGAGGGACCUAUGCCACAAACAAGAUUUGUUCUGAAGAAAGCUCUAGAAUUUGGACAUGCUGUUGUGGUAGUUGUAAACAAGGUUGACAGACCUAUUGCUCGUCCAGAGUUUGUAGUUAAUUCAACGUUUGAGCUAUUUAUCGAAUUAAAUGCAACAGAUGAACAGUGUGAUUUCCAAACAGUCUAUGCAAUUGGCCUCAAAGGAAAGGCUGGGAUCUCCGCAGAUAAUCUGGCUGACGAUCUUGGACCCCUUUUUGAGGCUAUUCUUAGAUGUAUACCUGAACCACACAUUGAGAAAGAUGGUGCCCUCCAAAUGCUUGUAACUAGUACCGAAUAUGAUGAACAUAAAGGAAGGAUAGCAAUUGGACGACUGCAUGCAGGAGAACUAAAACGAGGCAUGGAAGUGAAGGUGUGUACACCAGAUGAUGCUUGUAGAAUUGGCAAAAUAGGUGAGCUUUUUGUGUACGAGAACUUCGGACGCGUUCCAGUUGAAUCUGUUAGUGCUGGUGACAUUUGUGCUGUAUGUGGAAUCAAUGAUAUCAUGAUUGGGGAAACUAUAGCUGAUAAAGUUUCUGGAACAGCGUUGCCCACUAUCAAAAUUGAGGAACCAACAGUUAGAAUGUCUUUCUCCAUCAACACUUCACCUUUUGUUGGAAAAGAGGGGAAAUUUGUCACUAGCCGAAAUCUUCGUGAUAGGCUAUAUCGUGAGCUUGAAAGGAACUUGGCUAUGAAAGUAGAAGACGGGGAAACUGCUGAUACAUUUCUUGUUAGUGGCAGAGGCACACUGCACCUCACCAUAUUGAUAGAGAACAUGCGGAGGGAAGGAUAUGAAUUUAUGAUUGGACCUCCAAAGGUCAUAAACAAGACAGUAAAUGGAAAGCUAUUGGAGCCAUAUGAGAUCGCUGCUAUAGAGGUUCCAGAGGAAUAUAUGGGAUCAGUUGUCGAGCUAUUGGGGAAAAGGCGCGGACAAAUGCUUGACAUGGAAGCUAGUGGGCCAGAGGGAACUUCAUUGCUGAAAUACAAGGUUCCAACCAGAGGCCUCAUUGGGCUCCGGAAUGCAAUUCUAACAGCUUCUAGGGGCAGAGCUAUACUUAACACAAUCUUUGACAGCUAUGGCCCGUGGGCUGGAGAUAUUAGUUCACGUGAUCAAGGCUCAUUGGUGGCAUUCGAAGGUGGAAGUACUACUUCUUAUGCUUGCGUUAAUGCACAAGAAAGAGGUAUACUAUUUGUCAAACCAGGGCAGGAUAUUUACAAAGGCCAGAUAGUUGGUAUCCAUCAGCGUCCAGGUGAUUUAGCACUUAAUGUGUGCAAGAAAAAGGCUGCAACUAAUGUCCGUUCCAACAAGGAAACUACAGCACCUGGGGUUACCAACCCAAUUCCUUUUCAUCAGAUUAUCUUUGGUAAAGAUGACUUCUUUGUGGGCGAACCACAUAAAGAUCUUGAUGCGGAGUGGAACUUUAAUCUUCCAUAUGUGCAAAGACCUCGACAAUGGCCCGGCGUCAAUUAA